CUCCUCCUUUCUAGUGGCGGUCCUUUCUCUCACCUCUUCCCUCCCAGAUCAUAUCCAGCAAGUCUGAGUGAGCUUUUCCAAUCAGAUGGAGGGUGUAACACAAGGACAGAGAUAAGGACAAGAACUGAAUUAUUAUUCUGGUAAGACCCGGCAAAGUCACCCUAAUAACUGGUCGUCAUAAAGUGUAGAGGAGAGAUUUAAUAUUUUUGCAGUAACAUAUAUACUGAUCUAGAGGUGAAACCAUCUCUGGCUACAGCUGCUGGCACAAAAUGUUGUUUACUCUAGGACUUCUCCUCCUUCUCACCCCAUUCCCCUCCUUUCAAACCACGACCAAUGAGAAGAGAGACGCCACAGGAAGCGACAUGACCAAACCCAAUGCCAUUUUCACCCCUUCAAAACCAAAAACCACUGCUGCUGCUGCCAAACAGAGCGUUCACCCCACCCUCAAACCAAACACAGUUAAUCAGACAGUUUUGCCAACUGUAGCCACCAACCAAAAACCUCCAACUGUCAAUGCUACAGGGGUCAACAAGAACAAGCCUACUCCAGCAGUAAAUCAAACUACUCCCUCAGGAGCAGUAAAGGCUACUACAACCAGUGGCACCAUAACCAACAAAGACAAGCAUACAGUCUCAGUCAACCAGACUGUUUUAGCUAAGCCUCCCUCAGCCAGUGAACCAAAGGCUAGUAAAGACAAGCCUGCUGCCACUGGAACUCCAAAUCUGAAUUCAACAACUAUUAAAUCUGCCCCAGCCGGCGGUGCUAAAACAAUCAAAGACAAACCCCAACCUUCUGCCAGUCAGACUGUUUCAGCAAAAUCUCCAUCAACCAGUCAACCAAAGGCUAGCAAAGACAAGCCUGCCCCCACUGGAGCUCCAAAUCUGCAGUCAACAUCUACCAAAUCUGUCCCGGCCAGUCCCACUAAAACAAUCAAAGACAAACCCCAGCCUUCUGCCAAUCACACUGUUUCAGUGAAAUCUCCUUCAUCCAGUGAAGAAAAGCCUAGCAAAGACAAGUCUGCCCUCACUGGAACUCCAAAUCUGCAUUCAACAUCCACAAAAUCUGACCCAGCAAGUGGGUCUAAAACAACCAAAGACAAACCACAGCCUUCUGUCAAUCAGACUGUUUCAGUGAAAUCUCCUUCAACCAGUGAAGAAAAGCAUCCAGCAUCCACAAAAUCUGUCCCAGGUAGUGGCGCUAAAAUAAUCAAAGACAAACCACAGUCCUCUGCCAAUCAUACUGUUUCAGUGAAAUCUCCUUCAUCCAGUGAAGAAAAGCCUAGCAAAGACAAGUCUGCCCUCACUGGAACUCCAAAUCUGCAUUCAACAUCCACAAAAUCUGACCCAGCAAGUGGGUCUAAAACAACCAAAGACAAACCACAGCCUUCUGUCAAUCAGACUGUUUCAGUGAAAUCUCCUUCAACCAGUGAAGAAAAGCAUCCAACAUCCACAAAAUCUGUCCCAGGUAGUGGCGCUAAAAUAAUCAAAGACAAACCACAGCCUUCAGUCAAUCAAACUAUUUCAGCAAAAUCUCCAUCAACCAGUGAAGAAAAACCUAGCAAAGACAAGCCUGCCACCACUGUAGUUGAAAAUGUUCCAUCAACAUCCACAAAAUAUGUUCCUUCCAGUGGCACUAAAACCACCAAAAACACGCCCACAGCCUCCGUCAAUCAAACCACUGUUUCUAAACCUCCCCUCACCAAGUCCAAAGACGAAAAAGUUGUAACUGGUCCAUCAACACCAACAAAGACUGCCACGACUGGCGUUUCAUCAGCUGACAAAGAUAAGGUCACAGCCUCUGGCAAUCAGACCACUUCAGUCAAAGCUCCCAGCACCACCAGCAAAGAAAAGCCAGCGCCUUCACAGCCAAUCAAGGUGGUGAUCAGUGAUGGCUGUGACCCAAGUCACAGAAAGGAGCAGGAGCUAAAGCUGAAGCCUGGCGCUCCACUGGUGAUGACGCAUAAGAUCAGCUUGUUGCCUGGUGGCUGUAACGGUGGAUGUGAGACCGAGAUGGCUGAGCUGAAAGGUCGUGUGGCCCGACUGGAAAAGGAGAUGUUCUUUCUAAGAGAGAAAUGUCCAUGUUCUGCAAAUUGUCCAAAUGAUUGUAGUGGCAAUGGGGAAUGUGAGAAGGGGAAAUGUGUUUGCAACCAGGGAUUCAUGGGUCCAGACUGUAGCAAGUGUGCACGAGGUGCAGAGUGUAUUAAAAAUGCUGACAAAGGGAAGGCCAAGGCAACAGUGGAAACAGUAACCCUGCUGAACAAAGACAAGGACACUGUCCAGGAACACACUGUAUUAGAACAUACUCUUUUCCAGAAGAGCGAACAAAAGAAGGUGUCUGAAGACACGGAGACUGAUACUAAACCCAAAGUAACCACCAAAACAAAAGCGGGGGUCAUUAAAACACAAACAAAACAAGAAGCUUCUGUCAAAAAGCUUAUUUUCCAAAGUUCUUCAAAGAUCGGUCGUCCAACUGUUGGGCAAGUUCUCUUGAAACAUGAGAAAGGAAAACAAGACGAAGUCCGUAAGGGAAAAACAGUCCUGGAUGUUAAGAAAGUCCUCCAGAAAAAUGAUCCUAAGAUUGUAAAGGAAGGAACUUCUGGUAAAGCUUAUCCUAAAACCGAACAUCUGAAAGAUGAACCUCAAACUAAUAUAACACAGAGUAAUGGGAAGAGAAUCAAUGGCACAACUAAAAGUGUGACCGUCCUCUCCAAGGUCCCAGGAACAAACAAAACCAGAACAGGCAAAGAAUCCCUGGAGCAGUCCACUCUGGCUGAAAAGAAUGUUACUCAGUCAACUAAGCAAAUUAAGAUAGUUAAAGUGGGCACUGUGAAGGUACACUCUGUAGAUAACAAAAAAACAGAUGCUUCCAAGACUGGAAAAGGGAAAGGCACACAGAAGAGCCUGUAUAUAGUGAAUGCAACCAACACGGCUAGAUCAGAUGACACUAAAGUUCAUCAAGGCCCAACAAGACUCCAUGGCGCUGGGGUGACUGUCAGGAAAACUGGAGGAUCUGGAUUAGGGUCAGUAAAGGCUGUCAACAUCUCUUCCUACAGCUUUACUGUCACAUGGUCAGCACCACAAGGGAUGUUCAAGAACUUUACAGUGAUCAGGAAAGAGCCACGGGCAGAGGGCGAUGGAGAUGAACAUGAGGAGUUUGAGGAAGAAGCACUUGAGGGAGACAAGGCCUCUCCAGUUAAGAACACAACCGAAUUCCUGGUCCACAGCGAGAGCAGCAACACAACUAUCUCCUCUGGCAAAGCUGUUGUGUCAAGAGGUAAAGCUGAAACCAAGAGGAUUUCCAUGGUGGUUCCUGGCGGCGUACGUUCUGUUGAGUUCAGUAAUCUUAGAGCAAACACGCACUAUGUCCUGCAUAUAUAUGGCACUACAGCGGGGAGAAGAUCCAAGGUUCACAGAGUAACCGCUACCACAGGUCCUGAACCAGCCACAGAAGUGGUGUUCAGCAAUGUAACAGAGUCUUCUCUCGCUGUUUCCUGGUCAAAACCAAAGACCACUUUCACAGGCUUCAGGAUCACGUAUAUCAACAUUGUCACAGGGGAGAGCCGUUUUGUGACUGUGGGCUCUAAGCAGUCCCAUGUUGUUCUAUCCGAGUUGUCUGCUGGAUCCUCCUACAUAAUCACUGUAACUACAACGCGAGGCCAAGCCCAAAGUGACGCUAUCACAUCCAUUAUCACAACAGUGCCUGCCCCUCCAACACACCUUCAAGCCGUCAAUGUGACUGAUACCAGGGCUGUGCUGCAAUGGACUCCCAGUUUGGGGAAAGUAGACCGCUUCAUCCUCAGCUAUGAGUCCUCCAAGACUCCUAAUGUGACAGUGACAGUGAUGCUGUCAGGAAACUCAGUGGAGCACCAGCUGAGAGGUCUGCAAAGAGGAACCCUGUACACGGUCAAAGUGCUGAGCCAAAAGGACAGCCUCCAGAGUAUGGCCAUCUCGACUACAUUUACUACGGCAAAUGUGAUUAAAGCCAGUGAGGUUGGUGCUCGCUCUGCAAUGAUAGCCUGGAGAUCGACCAUUGUUUAUCACAGCUACAGAGUGGUCUAUCAGGUGGCGGGAGAGAAGACAAAGGAGGUGGUUCUGGAACCCACCCUGACAGAGUAUAAGCUUACCGGAUUGUUGCCCAUGUCACACUAUAUUGUUGUGGUACAAGGCGAGAGAGAUGGACACUACACAUCUGUUGUCACCACGGAAUUCAUCACAGGGAAAGUGCGUUUCCCAUUUCCUACUGAGUGCUCACAGGAGCUGCUGAAUGGAGCUCUGCAGUCAGGAGAGGUGGACAUCUACCCGCAAGGAAAGGAGGGGAGAGCAGUCAGAGUGUACUGUGACAUGGAGACUGAUGGAGGCGGAUGGACAGUUUUCCAAAGGAGAAUGAAUGGAAAAACUGAUUUCUACAGAACAUGGAGUGAAUACGCCGCCGGCUUUGGAAACCUUAGCGAAGAGUUCUGGCUUGGAAACGAGCUUCUGCACAACCUAACCAGUGUCGGCCCUGUGAGUCUGAGAGUGGAUAUGCGAUCUGGAAAUGACACCGCUUACGCUCACUACACCAGCUUCUCAGUCGAUUCAGAGGAGAGGCACUAUACUCUUACAGUGUCAGGCUACACGGGAACAGCAGGUGACUCCAUGAGGUACCACAAUGGGCGCCCAUUCUCAGCCCGAGACAAGAACCCUGAUUCUCUGGGGAUCCACUGUGCCAGGGCCUACAUGGGAGGCUGGUGGUACAAGAACUGCUACAAGACCAAUCUCAACGGUCUUUAUGGCAUCAACAGCAAUAAUCAGGGAAUAGUCUGGAUUGACUGGAAAGGUAAAGACUCCUCCAUUCCCUUCACUGAGAUGAAGUUCAGACCCUCCAGGUUCUCCCCCGCGACUCAUGGCUAAGGAUGCAUCAAUGUCCGAGAGGUCUGCGACCAGAAAACCUUACAUCUGACAGAAAACUAGAGCCCUAGGAAUCCGGACGACAGUGGACCUCACAGUUGCCGAAUGUCUCUUUCCACCUGAAAUUGCACGCAGCAGUUUUGACAGCUACAAUGGAAACUGUCAGUAUAUAUAACAACAGAAUGGAAAUGUUGUAUUGUAUCUUUUGUAUACUGUUCUACAGCUCUGCCUGCCCCACAGUUUUAUUUUGACUCUAAAACCUUCUUGUGCACCACCAUGGUAUUCCACCCCACUACUACUGUUGUAUAAUAUGCACUGUCAUUGGAAUAAAUGUGGCUAACGUGGG